AAAUGCAGAUAUGAACGUGAGGGUGUUCUCCAGCUGCCAUCUGUCACCUCUAGUGAGCCACAGCCAUUGACCAAAAUGCCCACUAGAGGCCUUCAUUUGCUAGUCUGUCCAAUCUACUGAAGCCAGAGCCACGAGGGCCCAGCUGCCCCAAACGUCGGUGAGAUGCCACAGCACUCAGCGCUCUCCACUAACAACAUCUGGCAACAGCUGCAAAGGAAUGACUUGAUCCCCCCGUCACUGGAGCAAGGAGAAUUGACUGACACUCCCCCGAGCGAUGUGUGGCGGGUGAGGCAAGGGCUGCCGACCUUCUCCAGCUGCUGCCUCAGCGCUGCAGCCUCCUGCCAAUGACUCGCUGUGAUGGCCGUGCCACCAGAGUGCCAGCAAGGCCGCAGGGCCCCACUGGGCCCCAGUGAGCUGGUUCCACUCACAGCCCUGUGGCAGCCUGGGAUUAUGUGGAUUUUCACGGCUCUUCCCUCCUGUUGUUAGAGGCGAGGCCAGCGCGAGGCUGGCAGUGUUCUCCCCACCCCCCACCCCCCGCAAGCCUGCUGUUCUAAAUAAGGCAAUGGUCACUGUGUCAGUAAUCCCCUCUUCCAAGGACCUGCAAACACCAGUGGAGGGACAUUCUUUCUGUUCAGAUGUCUGGCUGACGUCUGAUGCUUAAAACGGAGCAUGCUUUCAUCCCUCCGCGCAUUGUCGCAAGCCCCCGGUGGUUACUCUUAAAAGGGUGCCUCAGCUACGCAGGGAAACAGUUGCUGACCAAACGGGACGUGGUGUGCUCGAUCCAGCCCUUGUGAAUGCCUGAUCCUUCCAGUUCCAUACCAGCCUGACCCAACGGGACCAUGUCUACCUUUGGCUACAGAAGAGAGCUUAGCAAAUAUGAGGACAUUGACGAGGAUGAGCUCCUCGCUUCUCUCACAGAAGAGGAGCUGAAGGAGCUGGAGCGGGAACUGGAGGACAUCGAGCCUGACCGCAACCUCCCUGUAGGACAACGGCAAAAGAGUCUGACAGAGAAAACACCCACCGGGACUUUCAGCAGGGAAGCGCUGAUGGCCUACUGGGAGCGGGAGACCAGAAAGCUCUUGGAAAAAGAGAGGCUGGGCGCGUGUGAGAAGGAUUCAGAGCAAGAUGAAGACAAUUCAGAAGACAUUCAAGAAGAAUGUUUCACAGAAAGCAAUAGUGAAGUGUCUGAGGAGGCAUAUACUGAAGAGGAUGACGAAGAGGAAGAAGAAGAGGAGGAAGAAGAGGAAGAUGAAGAUGACAGUGAUGAUGAGGAUGAGGAAAAGCAAAAUUCUGCAGCUAGUGAAAAAUCUGUGAAUUGUGAGGAUGGCAAGAGUUCUGGCCAUGUUAGACACAAGAAGUGUAGCAACACGAAGAACAGUGAAAACUUGCUCAAUGGCCAUGAUGGGAAAGACACUGAAAAUCUGAGCUUUAAAAGCAGUGCCAUCCACCCAUGUGGAAAUCCAACAGUUAUCGAGGAUGCUUUGGAAAAAGUUCGGAGCAAUGACCCUGAGACCACAGAGGUUAAUCUAAAUAACAUUGAAAAUAUUACUUCACAGAUGCUUAUACAAUUUUCUCAAGCCCUGAGGGACAACACUGUAGUUAAGUCAUUCAGCUUGGCUAACACACAUGCUGAUGACAACGUCGCCAUAGCAAUUGCUGGUAUGUUAAAAGUAAAUCAAUAUAUCACUAGUCUGAAUAUUGAGUCAAAUUUUAUCACAGGCAAAGGAGUGCUGGCCAUCAUGAGAGCUUUGCAGCAUAACAAGGUUCUAACAGAGUUACGGUUCCACAACCAAAGGCAUAUCAUGGGCAGCCAGGUGGAAAUGGACAUAGUCAAGCUGUUGAAAGAGAACACCACUCUGGUCAAGCUGGGGUACCACUUUGACCUUGCUGGUCCAAGAAUGAGCAUGACAAGUAUCCUGACAAGAAAUAUGGAUAAACAAAGGCAAAAGCGUAUGCAGGAGCAACGGCAACAAGAGUAUAGUUGUGAUGGAGCUACCAACCCAAAGACCAAAGUCUUGCAGAAAGGCACUCCUCGUUCCUCACCAUACACGUCACCUAAGAGCUCACCUUGGUCCUCUCCAAAGCUCCCUAGGAAGGCAGCACCAGCGAAAAGUCAGCCUCUAGCUCCUGCACCCCCUCCUCCGCCUCCACCCCCACCCCCACCUCCACCUCCUCCUCCCCCAGUUAUUCCAGAAAAGAAAGCACCGACCAGGAACAUAGCUGAAGUUAUCAAACAGCAAGAAAGUGCAAAAAAAGCCUUACAGAAUGGACAGAAAAAGAAAAAAGGCAAAAAAAGCAAAAAACAUGAGAACAGUAUAUUGAAAGAAAUUAAAGAUUCCCUAAAAUCAGUCUCAGACAGAAAAUCGGAAGAAGGUUCACGACCCUCCACCCGACCCUCCACUCCACAAAGGUCUCUCCAUGACAAUCUUAUGGAAGCAAUUCGAGCAAGCAGCAUAAAACAAUUAAGGCGGGUGGAGAUACCAGAAGCCCUUCGGUGA